AUGGGGCUGCAGCCGUUGGAGUUCAGCGACUGCUACCUGGACAGCCCCUGGUUCCGCGAGCGGGUCCGCGCGCACGAGGCGGAGCUGGAGAAGACCAACAAGUUCAUCAAGGAGCUCAUCAAGGACGGCAAGAGCCUCAUCGCCGCCACCAAGAACCUUGCAGCUGCCCAAAGGAAGUUCGCUCACUCCCUGAGAGAGUUUAAAUUUGAAUUUAUUGGUGAUGCAGAAACAGAUGAUGAGCGAUGCAUAGAUGCAUCCCUCCAUGAAUUUUCUAACUUUCUAAAAAAUCUAGAAGAACAAAGAGAAAUAAUGGCACUUAGUGUUACUGAAACUCUUAUCAAACCUCUGGAAAGGUUCAGAAAAGAGCAACUCGGAGCUGUCAAGGAAGAAAAGAAGAAGUAUGAUAAAGAAACAGAGAAGAACUACAGUUUACUAGAAAAGCAUUUAAAUAUGUCAGCGAAGAAGAAAGAAACACAGUUAUUGGAGGCGGACAACCAAGUGGAACAAAACCGAAAGCAUUUUUAUGACCUGUCACUUGAAUAUGUGUGUAAGCUGCAAGAGAUGCAAGAACGAAAGAAAUUUGAGUUUGUAGAACCCGUCCUGUCAUUUUUUCAGGGCAUGUUCACUUUCUACCAUCAGGGCCAUGAGCUUGCCAAAGAUUUUAACCACUACAAAAUGGCUUUGCAGAUCAAUAUCCAGAAUACGAGAAAUCGUUUUGAAGGAACAAGGUCAGAAGUGGAAGAGCUCAUGAACAAAAUCAAGCGAAAUCCACAGGAGCAUAAAAGAGCGAAUCAAUUUACGAUUGAAGGCUAUCUUUAUGUGCAGGAGAAAAGGCCUGCCCCAUUUGGUUCCAGCUGGGUGAAGCAUUACUGCAUGUACAAGAAGGAGACCAAGAAGUUCACAAUGAUACCAUUUGAGCACAGGUCAGGUGGGAAAACUGGCGAGGUGGAAAUUUUUAUCCUUAAAUGUUGUAUCAAGAGGAAUACUGAUACCAUAGAUAGGCGGUUCUGUUUUGACAUAGAAGUAGUAGACAGAUCAGUUAUGCCUGUGACUGUACAAGCCAGCUCAGAAGAGGACAGAAAUAUGUGGUUGGAAGCCUUAGAUGGAAAAGAAGCUGUAAGAGUAUUCCUAACAAAUUUGAACAGAGCUAAUGCAAAAAGAGAAGGAGGUGCACAGUUGGAUAAGAUUGGGUUCACUAUUCUCAGAAAAUGCAUCAGUGCUGUUGAAGCUCGAGGUAUAAAUGACCAAGGAUUGUACAGAGUUGUGGGGGUGAGUUCUAAGGUCCAGAGACUACUGAGUUUGUUGAUGGAUGCAAAAACAUGUAAUGAAGUUGAUCUGGAAAAUUCCAUGGAAUGGGAAGUGAAGACAAUAACUAGCACAAUGAAACUGUACUUGAGAAGCCUUCCAGAGCCACUAAUGACAUAUGAUUUGUAUGGAGAGUUCAUUGUUCCUGUCAAAAGUGGCAGCCCUGAGUCCCGUGUUAAUGCUGUACACUUUUUGGUCCAUAAACUUCCAGAAAAGAACAAAGAAAUGCUGGAUAUUUUGGUGAAACAUUUAGCAAAUGUUUCAAACCAUGCCAAGAAGAAUCUAAUGACUGUAGCAAAUUUAGGGGUAGUGUUCGGACCAACGCUGAUGAGGCCACAGGAAGAAACGGUGGCUGCCCUCAUGGACCUGAAGUUUCAGAAUAUUGUAGUGGAGAUACUAAUCGAAAACUAUGACAAGAUUUUCCAAACUCUGCCUGAUGCCACUCUUUCUGAGCCAAUCUCUGUGUCAGUGUCCCCUCCAAAUGCCCCACCACGACAAUCAAGAAGACAAGGGCAACGUAAUAAGAGGCCUGUUGCUGUAUAUAAUCUCUGUCUUGAGCUGGAUGACAGUGACAGUCUAAGCCCUCCCAAAGAGUGCACUCCCACUGGUAGCACAGAUUCACUGUCUUCUCAGUCUCCUACAGCUGCUGUUCCAAGCAGCCCUCCAGAGAUGGAAAAGAAUAAUCUUAUAACAGAAAGUGGCGACCUAACAGACUGGGUAGCCAAUCUCCCCAGCCAGACUCAUCCAUCAAUGGUUUCUUGGAUGAAUGUGCAGUCAAGUACAGGACCUACCUCAGUAACACCAACACCACCGUCUUUCUCUUUCCCCUCCCCUGCCAGAGAAACUGACAGACCAGCUGGAUGUGUUGCCAGCAGAAAAGCAAGAGCAGUCUAUCCAUGUGAGGCAGAACAUAGCUCCGAAUUAUCUUUUCAAAUUGGGGCAGUUUUUGAAGAUGUGCAUUUGUCUCGAGAACCUGGCUGGCUAGAAGGAACUCUUAAUGGGAAGAGAGGACUUAUUCCACAGAACUAUGUCCAGUUUCUUUAGUUCUCUGCAUUUAAUGUACAGACAGUGUACAUGGUAUCCAUGGAUUUUUGAUACAGUUAUUUCUCUUGGCUUAAAAUGUUUUGUAAUCAGUGAAGAACCUGACAAUGAGAUGAAGACCUUCAUCUGUGUAAAAACCUAACACUUUGCCAAAUUGGAAUUAUGCAGUUGGGAUUCAUGCAAUUUUAUAAGGGUGGGAAGGGUGUGUUAAUUUUAUAAACAUGUAAAGAAUAGUAACUAUAUAUGUUUGCAAGAUCGCUUGAAUUUUAAAGCAAAGA